AUGAAGCUCUGGACAGCCCUUUUCUUGCUCCUGUCGGUCGUGUCCGGCGUACUGUCCGCAAAGUCAACACCGGACAAGUUUGCAAGAUAUCAAUCCCUGUCUCGCUCAGGGCCUGUUGAUCUGGAUAGCGCAUCAUAUGAGGAGCUCACUUCAGAACCUCGAGAUUAUUUUGCUGUGGUGAUUUUAACAGCCAUAGACUCUCGUUUUGGCUGCCUUCUAUGCCGUGAUUUUGAACCAGAAUGGGAUCUGAUCGCCCGAAGCUGGAAUAAGGGCACUAAACCUGAUGAUUUGAAGGUUGUCUAUGGAACACUUGACUUUGAUGAUGGAAAAGAAGUCUUCCAAAAGCUCAUGCUCCAAACUGCCCCAGUGCUACUUGUGUUCCCUCCAACCAUCGGCCCAUUCGCCAAGGUAGAAGGAACCCCUGUUCGGUUUGAUUUUACCGGGUCCAACCUGAAAAGCCCGAUCUCCGCCGACCAGAUCUAUUCCUGGAUCGGACGUCAACUCCCUGAUGGCCCAAAGCCUCCACUUGUUCGACCUGUCAACUAUAUGCGCAUUGUGACGACAAUAACCAUCCUGAUGGCUUCCGUCACACUCUCUGCCGUACUGUAUCCAUACGUGCUGCCAAUUUUGCAAAACCGGAACUUGUGGGCUGCAAUCAGCUUGAUUGCCAUUCUUUUGUUCACGAGUGGCCAAAUGUUCAAUCACAUUCGAAAGGUUCCAUAUGUCGCAGGUGAUGGACGGGGUGGCAUUAGCUACUUUGCCGGUGGCUUCCAGAAUCAAUUCGGGAUGGAGACCCAAAUUGUGGCUGCUAUCUAUGCUGUCUUAUCCUUUGCUACAAUCGCACUUGCGUUGAAGGUUCCUCGCAUGGAAGAUGUCAAAGGUCAACAGCUAGCUGUCUUGAUUUGGGCUGCCGUCCUUUUUGGGACAUACAGCUUCCUUCUGAGUGUGUUCAAGACUAAGAAUGGUGGUUAUCCAUUCUAUCUGCCUCCAUUCUAG